AUGGCCUCAUCCCGCGCCUGGACAUUCACAAACCGCGGCAGCCCCCGCUCCGUCCUCUCCCUCGUCUCGAGACCGACCCCAUCCCUCCCACCAGCGCCCCCUCUCCUCGCAAAAGCCAAAUCCGUCCCCGGCGCCGCCGACGGCAACCAAUGGCUCCUCGUUAAAGUCGCACACGCGGCGCUGAAUCCGGGCGGACACCUCUACAUCACUAAGCUACCGGGCGCCGUGCGCGCAAAGACGGCGGUGCCGGAUUGGGACCUAAGCGGAACCGUAACGGACGAGUGGGGCCCCGAAUCCGGGUCCGGGUCCGGGUCCGGGUCCGGUUCUCAUGUGGGUUCUUCGACGCCCACCAACGCCGGACCCAGCACAACAGCCGCAGCAACAGUCAAAAGCACCGUCCGCUUCUCCAAAGGCGACCGCGUCGCAGCUUUCCUCCCCAUAUCCUACGCCUGGCCAACCGGUACCGGCGCCCUAGCAGAACACAUCGUCCUGCCCGCACGCUACGCCGUCCCCGUCCCAUCCCACGUCUCCCUCCGCGACGCAAGCUGCGUAAUGACAGCAGGCUGCACCGCCGCUGUGACCAUCCGCGCAACGAGCCUAAAACCGGGCGACAGGGUUCUCGUCAACGGCGCCAGCGGCGGUAUCGGGUCUCUGGCCGUGCAAAUGGCGCGCGCGAUCGUCGGACGGGAAGGGUACGUCGUCGGCGUUUGCUCGGGACGGAACGCGGAGAUGGUGCUGGGUCUGGGAGCCGACGAGGUGGUGGAUUAUACUGCGGGUCGUCCGUUGCCUGUGUCGAGGGUGCUGGGACAGAAGUUCGGGGGCGAGGGGAAGCGGUUCGAUGCUGUUGUUGAUUGUGUUGGUGUGCAGGAUGUUUAUGUGCACUGCGCAGAGUAUCUCAAGCCUGAGGGGGUAUAUUCGGCUGUGGGUAUUAAGCCGGCUGAUCAGUCCGUUGGGGCUCUUGUGAAGGCGGGCUGGCAGAUGCAGAUGAAUGCGCUGUGGCCUCGUUCGACUUGGUUAGGCGGCACGGGGAGGCGGUGGGCUGCGACGGCGAUGAUGGAUCCUGGGAAGGCGUUGAUGGAGGAGGUUAUUGCUAUGCUGGCGGAUGGGAGAGUGAAGGCGGUCGUGGAGAGAGAGCUUCGAUUUGAGGAGGCUGUGGAUGGGUAUGAGGUUGUUGGUAGUGGUAGGGCACGGGGGAAGGUUGUUGUCAACGUCGGUGGACAGUAA